AUCUCAAGAAGAAAGACAAAACUCAGCCGGCAAUCAGGAGAUGAAGCAGACAGAAUAACUCCACCGCAUCUGAUGUAAACUAAUCUCGAUUAUAAAGCAUGGGUUUAUUUCUGAAAGAAAUGAUUUUUUUCUAUGGGAUCAUCUCGAUUUCCUGUGCUUCACAGUCGUUUAGCUAUGAAGAUACAGUACUUACUGGAUCUGUCAUCAAAACUCUUCUACACGUUGACUGGUUUCAGUGCCUGGAGCUCUGCAUUUCUACCUCUGAAUGUCUAUCUUAUAAUUUCUGCAAGAAUAAGAGAAAUACUGGGGUUUGUGAGUUAAACAGUUGUGGUUUAGAUACAGUACAGUUGUGUGGUCAAAACGAAGCGCUUCGCUACCAAAAACACUGCGUUUUUCAUCACUUCAAAGAAAACCAGCCAAGAUUAAUGAAAUGUUUGGUUUCACAUCAAGAUCAAGACAAAGAGUCCAUGGUCACAGGUAAUGUCACGUGUACCAGUGGUUCCAUAUCCAUUUAUGCUGAUGGUAAUCCAACUCACAUGAUCACGAAAGAAGGGCAGUCAGUGCCAGUUGUACUCCAGCCAUGCCCUUUCAUGAGCUACCCUCUUAUUUCACUCCAGCUGCCAAGAGGUACAAAAGUAAUCUCGAUUGAAGUUUAUAAGAGAAAUAAUGAUGAAGAUUCUGGUGGUGCCUUGAUUAGAGGUGGGUUUUCAGAUGGCCUAGUCACAAGCACGCAGUGGAAAUGCGCCUAUGCAGACGAACCCGAGUGGCGAUUACCGAGUUUUAAUGACAAUCUAUGGCCUUAUGCCAAAGUAGCCCAUGCAAGCGGAUACGAUGAUGAAGAGGACAUUCACGUAGUAGGCAUACCAGACAACGCUAAGUGGAUCGAAUAUGCAGGAGCUGAACCUUCAAGGAGAACUUUAUGUAGAAUAAAACGCAAAUUAUAGAUAUGCAUACGUUAGUAAAAAAGUAAUCACUUGUUUACAUCUAUUGUCAACUGUUUGAAAUGCUAAAAUAAUUAGAGAAACAGAAUUAAACGUUGUUUUACGAGCGCAUCGUUUCGUCUGGUAAUUACUAGUGCGGGUGUCAUAGCCUGCGUGAAGGCAUUCUUGGCAGAAAAAAAUUAAAAACGAUUUGACUUUGUUUUCUUCUGA